AUGAAUUUACCCCGGAGGAUUUCAGAUACCAACGUUCCACAGGAAACGCAUGGGGGCUGCACCGGCGAACACAUCACUGGUUACAGCAUGUUGAUCUAUCAAGCAUCUAGAGUGAAGGUAGCGAUUCCGCACUCUGGGAUGGACCCAGGGUGGCACAAAAACCUUCUCUCCACGGGUACUCCGAGAUUCAAGAUCUGGCCAUUCAUACCUGGAUGUAUGGAUCCUGGGCUCUGGAGGUAA